AUGGUCAUUGGAGCUUACAGCGGUGACAACGUGGAGGCACUCAAACGCAUAGAAAAGAGUGUCCUCAACUUCACCAGGGUUAUAUCACGGGUCGCCGGCAGAAGGGACGGCCUGAAAGAAGACAACCUCAUGAAAGCAUUUCACGCCUUUCUCAUCAGCCAAGUAACCAAAUCUUACAGUUUCUUCUUUUAUCCAUUCUUUUUGGUUGGUGCCGAACAGGUCCCAUCCCCGCUCUUCGACUGUCUUGACGCAACUGCGGGCGCUCCGGCGCUGAGCCGCCUUCCUAGCCCGCCGGACGGUACCUCCGGCGGCGACACUACAAAGUGGCGACGAGGUGAAAACAAUGCGUACGUCGACGUUGCCGCCGGAGACACCGCCCGGCCCGCUCUGAAGAAGAGCCUCCUGCUGAAUGCACUGGGAGUUGAAGGCCUGGAUGUUUAUUGGACGCUACAAGCUGCCCAGGAACAGGCGGGGAGCGGAGAUGGCACUCGGGACGAAGGGUUACACCCAAACUCUUCCACUCCUUCGCCAAGUUUGGAUCCUGUGAGAACACGAGUGUUCCACAAGCAACAGGCAACUAAGCAACGCAUUGAUUCUAAGCGUGGAGCAAAACCUCCUAAGCUACAAGUGGGCCUCAGAGUUAAAGUUCGUCUGCCAGGGAAGCAGAAUAAAUACAGAGGUCCUUAUACAAUCCUUAGUCAAACUGGAUUCAAUUCCUUUCGCCUUAGUGAUGGCAACGUCUGGAAUGCAUCAAAGCUGGUAGUUGUUCAUGCUGAGCAGAAUGCAACUCCACAGCAGAAUUCAUGUCCUCCACCUAACACAUCUUCCAUGCAACAACAUAAUUCCUCCCCACCUCCAUGUUCUUCUGCAGUUCCACAGUUAGUGCGACUUCCACUAACCACCUUGCAGGCACCUUCACAACAAUCGGCUGAUGUGCCCAGCCCCAAUGCAACGCUUCUCGAAGGGGGGAUAGAUACGUCGACUAACAUGCCGCCUACGGAAAAUCUUGACCCCUUGCCGCAUUCGCUCUCCGAUGAGCGUGUAGGUGAGCCCCAAGGCUCAAAUUCCUCUACUGACCGAUCCCUUCGUCCCAAACGGCACCGAAGAAAGCCAUCUCGAUACAAGGACUAUGUUCCUUGAUAUAUAUAUACAUUUUUUCAUAAUACUCAUGUUUCACAUACUACUAUACUGCUUAUAUACCACUUUAUAUACUACUUUCAUAUAUUACUUACUACGUAAUCCUUUUUUGGGGAACAUGUGACUGACAUUAAGUUCCUAAUUACUACUUAUACUAGUUCAUAAAUGGGCUCAUGCAAUAAAAAUAAAAAAAAUCAUUACAUCAAGUUAGUCAAACUACGUCAACUCUGGUCACAUAAAUAUUGUCCUAAUAAAGAAUACAUUCCUACAUGUGAUAACUAUUGUAUAAUGAUGUUACUUAUUUUUGCACAUUUUCUUACGAGAUGUUCAAGGAUUGUGUGCCAACGUGUUACUUCAUACAAACUUUUCAGUGCCUUACCACUGUAUAAUGUCACGUACAGAGUGCAACUCCUUUCCUUUUUAGGGGGAGAUGAUGUGGUGUCGCGCCUUACCAGUUUCGGUUUCGAUUGUGUGACGCAGAGCGCCACACAACGGGUAUUCCCUGUACAAAAUCGUAUCACCAAAGCUCUUUGUUAAUAAACUUCAGUCCCAUCCCCGCUCUUCGACUGUCUUGACGCAACUGCGGGCGCUCCGGCGCUGAGCCGCCUUCCUAGCCCGCCGGACGGUACCUCCGGCGGCGACAC